AUGGGUAUCAAGCAGCUGUUCCAGAUUGUCAAGGAGGAGGCUCCCGAGGCCAUCAAGGAGGGAGAAAUCAAGAAUCAGUUUGGGCGCAAAGUUGCCAUUGACGCCUCCAUGAGCAUCUACAGCUUUCUGAUUGCAGUUCGAUCCGAUGGCCAGCAGCUCAUGAACGACAGUGGCGAGACAACGUCUCAUCUGAUGGGCAUGUUCUACCGCACGCUGCGCAUGGUCGACAACGGAAUCAAGCCUCUCUACGUCUUCGACGGUGCACCGCCCAAGCUCAAGUCUGGCGAGCUGGCCAAGCGAUUCCAACGCAAGCAGGAGGCUACGGAAGGUCUCGAAGAGGCCAAAGAAACGGGUACUGCGGAGGACAUUGAGAAGUUUUCCAGGCGGACGGUUCGGGUGACGAGAGAACACAAUGCCGAGUGCCAGCGAUUGCUUAAGCUCAUGGGCAUUCCAUACAUUGUUGCGCCGACCGAAGCCGAGGCGCAGUGUGCGGUGCUGGCAAGGGCUGGCAAGGUGUAUGCUGCUGCGAGUGAGGACAUGGACACAUUGUGCUUUAACACACCAAUUCUGUUGCGUCAUCUUACUUUCAGUGAGCAGAGAAAGGAGCCCAUCCAGGAGAUUCACCUGGACAAGGUUUUGGAGGGUUUAAACAUGGAGCGAGACCAGUUUGUUGAUCUCUGCAUUUUGCUGGGUUGUGAUUAUCUCGACCCAGUUCCCAAGGUUGGGCCUACUACCGCCCUGAAGCUCAUCCGAGAGCACGGAUCCUUGGAGAAAGUUGUCGAAGCCUUCGAAAAAGACCCCAAGAAGAAGUACACUCUGCCUGACGACUGGCCUUACAAGGACGCGCGGGAGCUCUUCUUCAACCCGGAUGUGCGCCCGGCAGACGACCCCCUCUGUGAUUUCAAGUGGGACAAGCCUGAUAUCGAAGGAUUGGUUCAAUUCCUUGUCGCCGAGAAGGGAUUUUCCGAGGACCGCGUUCGUAGUGGAGGUGCUCGACUCGAGAAGAACCUGAAGAGUUCACAGCAGGCACGCCUGGAGGGAUUUUUCAAGCCGGUCCCCAAGUCGGACGCGGAAAAAGCUGCGCACAAGCGCAAGCUGGAUGAGAAGAAUGAAGAGAAGAAGAAGAAACUCAAGCAGGAAAAGAAGGACAAGGCUGCGGCCAAGGCAAAGCCUCGUGGUGGUGCAUGA